GCUCGAGUACCGCGGUACUCCGCGUCUACGUGAAUUCCCGCGAGGGAAAUAGUCGGUGUCACAGGACGUGCGGCGAGAGAGGAAGGGGACUGAAGGAGAGCAUAAAUUACAUUCGCCGUGUGCAAGGAUUGGGGGCGCGGGAUCAUGGGACUUUGGCGAUAACGGGGACAGCGUCGUUUUAAACGAUAUCCAUUCCGAAAGCCACGGGCGUGGUGAUUUCCGAACGUGUUCCCAUUCGAGCCGCACAAGUGGAGUUCCUCAUGCAGACGCUACGCAAGAAAAAUAGCCCAUGCAAGUUAAAAAACGAACCUACCCGCUUUUUGGGAGAAGGCGUCUCCUUCAAAGCGAAACUGAUUGGUAUCUUAGAGGUAUCGGAGGCUCGCGGCGAUCGAAUGUGUCAGGCCGCUCUUGGAGAUUUAAAAAUGGCAAUACGUGCUGCUGGAGAACACAAACAACGAAUUACUGUUCAAAUCAGUAUAGAUGGACUACGCUUAAGAGACGAAAAAAGUGGAGAUUGUUUAUACCAUCAUCCAGUUCACAAGAUAUCGUUUAUAGCACAAGAUAUGAGUGAUUCUCGAGCAUUUGGUUAUAUUUUCGGAUCACCUGAUACUGGUCAUAGAUUUUUUGGAAUUAAAACUGAUAAAGCUGCAAGUCAGGUGGUUAUUGCCAUGCGUGAUCUCUUUCAAGUUGUUUUCGAAUUAAAGAAGAAAGAAAUUGAAUUAGCAAAGCAGCAUAUUGAACAUAAUGUUAUUAAAUUCACUACUUAUACAGUUGAAAGAUCACCAGAUACUAAGGGUGCUGGAGGAAAUGAAUCUUCAUUACAUAGAACGUGUUCUGACAAUGACAGAUCUAAAAAACAUGAAACACCAACUGGAGUUGUUGCCGAUUUGUUAGAUUUACAAUUUGAAUUAAAUUCAUUGCAACAAGGAAUUAAUCAAAUGGAAAAAAUAACACCAGAUAAUCCAAGACCAAAUGAGGAUCCCUUUGAAGGAGACCCUUUUGGUGAUUCUUUUACAAAUGUAAAGAUUAAAGACAAAUUUCAACCAUUUUUACCUCCACCGCCUUCAUCUUCUAAACGCCAUUUUGAAAGGCAGCAAACUGUUCAGCAACAAACACCAACAUCUGAUACACCUAGUCCAGCUAAUAUAGUUAAUAAUAAAACUCCGCCUCCUCAUAGCACAGCACACUGGUUUGAUAAAGAAACGGAAGACUUAUUUACCGAGGGUGAAUUAUCUAAUUUAACUAGAAAAAAUUCUUCUAGUGACGAAGAUAAAGAUACGCUACAAGAUCAGUAUAAACAAAUGGAUAUAUUUUCUGAAUUAGAUCCUCUUGGCACAGGAUCUAAAAAACCUUACAUUGAUAAAAAAGAUUUUUUCCAGAAUUUAAAAAAUCCACCGAAAAAAGUAUUAAAAGACUUAGCAUCCAUAAACUCGGAAGAUACUUUUCCGACAAACUUUAAUAUAACACCUGAGUUAUCCGAAUCAAAUAAUACACAAAAAGUUGAAAGUGAAUCAAAUAAAUUCGAUGAUAUUGAGUUUGCUGAUUUUGAUAAAUUUAGAGAAAAAGAUGUUUCUACAUCGGAAAAUAUAAAAUCACCAAAAACUUAUCGAAAGGAAUUUAAUAAAAAAGCAGUACAACAUCAGGCAUUAUCAGUGUCUUUACCGCCUGAAGAAAUACCAGCAUCUAAAUCUUCACAUAACUACUCUAUUACGAAUUCUGUGACUUCUAGUAGAUUUGAUAGUAAAGAUUCAAUAGAAAGUAUACAAUCUCUUGUUAGAUUACCAAGCCCUAAAAAAUAUUUACACUCUACUCGUAAAACCGAAUUCAUUGCAGAUUAUGGUGGAAACAAAUCACAAUCAAUUGAUAAGUCAUUCCCCGUUGACUUUUCUUCGACAAGCAAUUCACCGGCAUCGCCAUUAAGAUCCUGUUCUUCUAGUGCUAAUUCUAGAUUGUCAAGUUCUAGUACAGAAAUGGAAAAUAUACCCGAACCUCCUCCGCGAGGUACUGGAAGUAUUCUAAUUAAUCCACCUCCACUUCCACCUAAAAAGCAUAGUUCUAGAGCAGGAACCAAACCACCUCCAAGACCGCCUCAUGGUGAUGGACAUUUUCAUUAUGAUUUUUUAGAGUUAGAAUAUGGAUCACCAUCACCAACUCGAAAAUUACGUGUAACUGGUUCACCAAAACAUACAAGAGGCAGAUUCGACGAUAAUUUUAGUCCUCCAUUACCACAAUUGCCAAAAAGAUCUGAUACAAGUUCAGAAUUUUCAAAUUCAAGCUUUGAGGAUUCUUUUAAUUCUAUAAUUCAAUCACCAUCCCCACACAAAUCAGUUACCGAUAAUACAAUAUCAAAUAAACCAGAAAAAAACUUGACGAAUCUUACAAAGGAUAUAACAUUAAAUCAACUUACAUCAACAUUUUUAACAGACUUAGCUGAUAAUCUUGGAAUGUCAGUAAAAGAUGUGACAAGUUUAACAUUACAACAAUUAACAGAAUGUAUUGAAUCAUUAGCGAAAAAAGAAAAUUCUCCUAAGAUUAAAAAAGCACACUCUGAAGUAAUUUCAAAUACUUUAAAGAAUAUGGAUAUUAGUCCACUUAAAGAAAUACAAAAAUCAAAAGCAGAAACUCCAGUUGCGAAUGAACCUCUUUUUAAAGCUACAUUUGAUCAAGAACUAAGCGAAAAAAAUUCUAAUAAUUAUGACAAAUAUGCUGUAUUUCGAGAAUUACUAGAAAUGGAAAAAGUUCAUGAUAUUACAAUGCAAAAAACUAGCGAAGAAGAAGAACCCAUAGAAUCUGAAAAUCAAGAAGAACCGGGCGACCUUGAAGAUGAUGUACAAAGUGAUGAAAUAGAUGAAACGAUAGCUUCUCUUGCAAACUUGACGGUUCAAUUACCACCGGUUCUAGAAAAUCAAUCGAAGGAAAUAUCAACAUAUUAUGAAAUGAAAUCUAGUACUGAACAUAUUGAUUCUCCCAAAGAAAAUGAAACUAUCUCUCAAGAAGAAACUUCAAAUGAAAAACAGAAUUUUAACGACGACAGUUUUAAUAUAAGUGAUUCAUUUUCUGAUUUGCAAAAUAUUCAGCAUGAUAAAAGAGAAAAAAUUGACAAAGAUGAAGAUAUUAAAGAGUCUGAAGAAUCCUUAGAUAAUUUUAUAAUAACAGCCGAAGAAGUUAAUGAAUUAUCAAAAAUUAUUGAUAAAGCAUCCGAAAUAAAAUCUUCAGUUUCCACAUCUAAUGAUAAAUACGCAGCUCUGCGUGAAAUAAUACCAGAAAGUGAACAGCCUUCAGUUAAGAAAGAUAAUUUUAUUACUUCUCCAAAAAAAAAAUUGGUAAGAUCUUCGAUAGAGGUUGAUUUUCAAGAUUUAUUUUCUGAUACCUUUUCUCAGCCAUCAGUAUGUAUACCUACGAAAGUAAAUAUUAAAAAAGAGGAAGAAGCUCAAACUACUGUUUUGGAUAUAUUUGAAGAAAUAAAAAUGUUAAAUACGGAUACUCAUCGAUUAAAGGAAAUUAAACCUGUUUCUAAUUUAGAAUCUAUGUUUUCUAUAUUUACUGAAACUAAACAGAAAAAAGAAAAUAUAAAAGACGAUGAAAAUUGGAUGAAAUUCGAAUCAAACGUAGCUCAGUCUGAUAAGUCAUCAGGAGAAGGACAAGGAUCUAUUGGAGGUAUAUCUCCAUGGUCUCCGGAAGGUAAAGAAUUCAAUCGUGAACCUAUAGUUAAAAGAAAUGUGCAACGGCUUUCAGGAGAAAGUGACAAUGAUUGGAAAGAUGAUGAAGAAAGUGAAGAAAUGAGUGGAAGAAUAAAAGGAGAAGGUCCGUGUUGUGGAAGAUACCCAAGAUAUGAUUUACCACCAUUUGAAGAUAGAAGCUUUUAUGAAGAAACUACAGAAGGCGAUAAAGAUCGAGUGUUUCGUGAUAAAAUAUGCCGAAAGUCAAUGGGCACAUCGUGGAUAAAAAAUACACAUCGUUCACGCGAACCUUUACCGUGGCAUGACGAAACAAGAUGGGACGAGGAACGCAGACGGCGCAUACAUCGAAAAGUUCCUUACAAAGAUGACGAAGAAUACAAAGCCUAUAGGAAGUGUCGACCGAAACAAAGGCCUUGGAAUGGGGAAAGAGAAGGCUACUGGGGACCUGAUCACCAAUUUUAUGACGAUGAGUACAAAAGAAGAAUGGCUUUAUGGACUGAGGAAGAACGCGAAAAUAGAGAAAGAUUUAGUAGUCAAGAGAGUAUGAGUUACGAAGACAGUGAAAGAUGGUUUAGAAGAGAAUGUGAAAGAAGAAGAUACGAAGAGGAUGGUAUGUUUUAUAGAGGUCGCGGACCAGAAGGAGAAUAUCCACCAAGAGAAAAUUAUAAGAAAAAUGAUGCGCAUUAUUUUCGCGAAGGUAGAGAACGGCAUUAUGACUAUCCUCCAAGUUGGGAAGAAGAAUAUAGUUCAAAACGUCCUGAAGAAUCGCCUCGAUAUAUAUCCAGGAAACAGCAUUGGCCCAAACGACCAAAUAGUGCAAAUGAUGGAAGAGAAAUGAUGUAUGUAGAUGUUAGACAAAAAUGCGCUGUGUCACGAUCAGAAUGCAGUGACAAUGAUACUGAUAUAUAUCAUCGUCCUUAUAGAUCAAGAAGCCGAGAAAGUUACUGGGGUAGUGAUCAAGAAUUUGAAAAUUGGGGAGAUAGAUCUUAUUGGUCAGAGGAGCAAGAUGCUAAAAGUGAAAGUUUUCAUCGCAAACGGAUGAACAGGCAUCGAACACGGCCUCAUUCAAAACCUCAAAGUUCACAAUUUGAAGAUGAUUUUACACAAAAUAUAGAACGUAAUGAAACACCUAGUGAUACUACAAAUACAGAAGCUCGUAUUCGCCCCGAAGUAGAAAUAAAACAACCACUGAGUCCAAGAAGUCCUCGGGGAACUAAAGAGCAAAUAAGACGAGAGCAAAAAUCAUAUAAAGGAUCCAAUUAUUUUGAUGAUGAUCUUACACCAACUGCAAGUACUUCAAGCGAUGCUUCUGAUAGACAAAGAAUAAGUUCUGAUUUAAAAAUAACCCCUGAAGAAUUACCUUCAGACGUAAAAGAUCCUGGAGUUGGUAGUUCAAUGCCCGAAGGCAGUGUAAGAGAUUCUUUUUUUAAUGGUGGCCCAACAUUUGACGAUGAUGCUUUUACAUUUCGUUCCGAAUUAGAAGAUCAAGUACCCGAACGGGCAACGACAUUACCAAUAAAAAAUUCUAGACAUUUGAAAUAUGUGAACACUCGAGGCAAAGGUGACCAAUAUAUAAAAAAGUCUGAAUCUAUAAAUAUAUUCAGUCGAAACAACGAUCCAUUUGACGAUGAUGAAUUUUUUAAUUGAUCAAAACAACCAACUGAUUUCAUUCGUAUUAAAGGAAAGCCGCGAUAAGAAAUCAGUGUAUCUUAAUAACAGUCACCUAUAUAUUACUUAUAUGAAGUGUACCGCUUUUAAAUUUUGGAUAGAAGUGUAGAUUUCAUUUGCGGAUACAUGAAAGAAAAAUAUUUUUGUACCGCAUAAA